UUUGGAACCAAGAUCCUCAAUCUCGAAAACCCUAGACUCUCCAAUUCGACGAGGACAAAAGAAGAUGUUGCGUUUCCUGGGAAACACUUUGGCUAAGUCUCCCCACAGAUCAAAGAUGGUUAUGAAGCAUGUGCAAGGGAAUUUGGCGCAAAGGAUUUUCGCCAGGAUUUGGGGAUUUCAUCCAUUGCCUCUCCCCCCCAUGUUCUCGAGGGUCAAGCAAGCUUUAGCUGUCUCGAAAAUUUAUGGAUACUGCUUUACAGCGACCUUUGGUGGUGCUGGAUUCCUGCUCGGCGGUGUGACAACAAGCCCCGUCUCAAAGGGGCUUCGGGAAAAUGAAGCGCUCUUCGUUGAAGAUCUCCAACGUCUGGAAAAAAUGGAGGCGAGGAGUUGGAAGUGGACUACCUCUCUUAAAGAGGAAACGAAGUGAUGGUAAUUGGUUGCCUCUAUUUGUUUCUGUUUCGUCUUUGUUUGCAGUCGUUGAUGAACACAUUAUCUGCCAAUCACUGUAAUAACCAAUGAUCCCAACUCUCCCAUCCCUUUAAAUCCCUUCAAUUACAUUAUUUUUUUAACAU